AUCAUCUCUCUCAGAUGACAGUCUGUGACUGCUCACUCACUGGAACAGUAAGAUGAGUGUGUACGUGUGUGUGUAGUGUACUCUAUCAGCGCUAAAGGAGAGUCUCAUUCAACAUGCUGUAACAUCAGGAAAACUGACUCCACAAAAAAGAAAGACACACAGAAAGAGAGCUUGCAGAACAAAUGUUAUGAGCACUUGGCAGUAAGCAAUGAGUGUGUGUUGACUGAAAAAGGCCCUUAAUCUCUCUCCUCCUACUGAGUCUUCAUGAGGACUGAGAGAUGACCAUGCAUGGCCACUGCAACUUCAACACCCUGGCCGUCAUCUUAAUCUUGCUUUCUACUGCAGCUCUCUCUGCACACUUCAGAGUGUGUGAGCCUUACUCCGAUCACAAGGGGCGAUAUCACUUUGGUUUCCACUGUCCUCGACUCUCAGACAACAAGACCUACAUAUUUUGCUGUCACCAUAACAAUACAGCCUUCAAAUACUGUUGCAACGAAACAGAGUUUCAGAGUGUGAUGCAGCUCAACCUCACAACCAAUUCAAACGGCUUUGCCCACAAUAACUACACUGCCCUCAUUGGUGUGUGGAUUUAUGGCUUUUUUGUCAUGGUCCUUCUUGCUUUGGACUUCCUAUACUACUCAGCCAUGAACUACGAGUUGUGUAGGGUGUAUCUUGAGAAAUGGGGGCUGGGUGGACGAUGGCUCAAACAGGCCAGGAGUCAGUGGCACAGUGCUGCUCAGGAGGGUGAACAGAACAUGGGAUCAGGCCUGAGUCAGCACCACCAUCCAAGGCACAGCUUGAGAGGGGAGGCACAGAGCCCAACACUCCUGACCUUCCAGACCUCUACAGCCUGAUAUUCAGCUUUGAUCACAUGAAUAUUUUUAAUAUGGCAAAGAAAGCUGGGGAGAAACAGCCAGAGAAUAUGGAGCUUUAGUUUGGAGACUCUUUCCUGGCCUCAUCUGCAUUUGUGACACAAACUGUGGCCGCUACCUCCUGCAGCUAUACUGGAUGGCAUUUUGUCCACAUACUGAUGCUGAGACUGAGCAUCCACCAUUGACAUCUGGAAACAUGUUUCUCAUACCAAUCAGAGGAGGCAUAUUCUACUAGCUGAAUUUACUCUCCAGCAACUGUCAAGAGACUUUUAAUGAGACUGGUGUCUAUUACGCCCACUACAUUGCCUUGUCAUUUUGGGAAUUAGGAUUUAGAUGCAGGGAAUAUGACUCCACCAAAAGAGAGAGAAGAGACUCUCAUCACCAUAUAUCUCUCUAGAACAUGUGUCUUGUUUGCACUGCUGUGAAGCCAUUGGUUGGUAUUUCUUGAAGUAGCGGAAAGGAUUAUUUAUUGUUGUCACCACGGUUGCACAAAAUGUAUCACAUUCAGAGCUCAUCAAAGAGAAAGGAAAAUUAUAAGUGAAAUUUAACCCAGCGGGAUUACAUAAAUCCUUUUUAAAUAGCAAUAGAGCAAAACAAUGCCCGCCCACUUAUUCAGCCAUCUGGGUUCCGGAAGUAUGUUUCCCAUUAAUGUUUCCCAUAGACUUUUCAUAAAAUCAAUAAUUAAAGAGUUGUAAGCCAUGAAACAAACCAACCAGCUCCGAGGUAAAUCACAACAUCACAAACUUUAUUUUAAGGCAAACAAGUAUUUUAAAAUUAUACAAAAAGACAAAGAUACAAGACUGUGUAUUUACCAUCUUUCAUGAGGGCAUAAACUACAAUCCCAUGAACCAGUGAUGGGAAUAUACAAUGCCUGGCCAUUUGGAUAUAAAUAGGCAGAUACUUAAGAGCCUCUGAUUGGAUCAUUAUACAGGGAUUAGUAUGUUUCUGCAGGCAACAAUUAUUUUAACCCUAACUGAUGCCGUGUGUAGCUUCUCAUUUCUUAAACGACCAUGUCGGAAGACAUAUCUCGUGGUUGUGGAAAAGAUGUUUCUGUGUUUCAGAAGGGGCAAAUUAUUGGCCUGCAUCAAGCAAAGAAAACAACUAAGGAUAUUGCUGAAAUCACUGGAAUUAUGUUAAGUACGGUCCAACGCAUUAUUAAAACCUGGAAGGAUAGUGGUGAACCGUCAACUUCGUGGAAGAAAUGUGGUCGGAAAAAAAUCUUGAAUGAUCGUGAUCAGAGAUCACUAAAACCAGACAUGGGGACUUGUGACUUGGUGACUUGGACUCGAGUCCACUCGAGUCGCUAUUUUUAUGACUUGUGACUUGACUUGACAAAAAUAAAAUACUUGAGACUUGACUCGGACUUGGAAGUUAAAGACUCGGGACUUGACUUGACUUGAGACAGGAAGACUUGAAUGACUUGAGUGUUAAUGACAUCAUGUUUUCAAUUUGAAUAUAAAAUAUGUAAAUUAUUUUAAAAAAUAAAGUUGAUCCAGCUGGAGCGCAGGCUGAGAAUACUCACGACACUAUAGGCUAUCAUCAGCCAUGCCCUCUCGUACCUUACGCACACCACGCCCACUUAGAUCAGAUAACACAUCAACAUGUCAGCCGUGGGGUAACGUUACCGAGGGUCAUCGCUUUCGGCUUCAAAAAUUAUUAUCAAGAUGGCAAAAGACGAACAGCGCUUUGCAAGACAUGCAACGUUAAGAUCGCGGACAGCCAGACGACAACCUCCAAUUUCGUCCGCCAUUUGAAGAGCCAUUCUGCCCAGUAAGUGCUUGUCAAUUUGUUAAUUUUAUCUGGUUAGUUGGUAGUUAGCUAAUGUAAUAAUAGCAGGGUUCCCACGGGUCCUUGAAAUCCUUGAAAGUUUGUGAAUCUGAAAAAUAAAAUUCAAGGCCCUGGAAAGUUCUUGAAAAUAAACAUACAUAGAUACAGGUCCUUGAAAGUGCUUGAAUUUAUUUUGUGCAAGAAGUUUUCUGGAAAAAAAAAAUCUGUCCAUUAAUUUUUUAUUUCGCCAACACUUCGUGGCUUAUGCUGCAUACUAGCCUGCUUGAUUUACCUUAGUUACGCGCAUUUACGUUAAGUGUUUCCCGCGCGAGGUACUUUGUUUUGUACGUUGCCAUGACGUUCACGCGCGCUGGUACCUCAAGGUGCAAUACCUUUUAAAAGAGCUAAUGACUAAUGGAUAUACUCUGAGUGUGUGUGUGUGUGUGUGUGUGAGUGAGUGAGUGAGUGAGUGAGUGAGUGUGGGUGUGUGAGAGCGCGAGAGACGAGAGUGAGUGUGUGUGUGUGUGUGUGUGAGCGCGAGAGUGAGUGAGUGUGGGUGUGGGAGUGUGGGAGAGAGAGUGAGUGUGGGUGUGAGAGUGAGUGUGUGAGAGAGAGUGUGUGUGUGUGUGUGUGUGUGUGUGAGAGAGAGAGAGUGUGUGUGUGUGAGAGAGGGAGUGUGUGUGAGAGAAAGAGGAGAAAUGUAACAAAGUUUAAUGUAGGUAACUGUGUUUGAGAGAGAGGGAGAGAGAGGGAGGUGUUCUGAGAGGAGUCUGUUGGAUGUUAAGCUGUUAUUUGUUUUAUGGACUCAAUGUUGAAAAUUUAAAACAUUUCAAACACUGUUGGCAGAAGUGAAAAAUAAAUAAUUUUAUGAAGUUACAAUUUUGUUUGAUUCCAUGAUGUAUUUUACUGAACAUGAGUAUUGUAAUUUACUGACAGUUACUUAUAUCUUGUCUUUUCACUUUAUUAUGAUCAGAUUCUGCAGGUAAAAUUACAAUAAUAAGGUGACUUGACUUGGACUUGACUUGACAUAGCCUGUGACUUGACUUGGACUUGACUUGACAUAGCCUGUGACUUGACUUGACUUGACUUGCCCAAGAAAAAAAUACUUGGGACUUACUUGAGACUUGAAGGUUAAGACUUGAGACUUACUUGAGACUUGCACAUGUGUGACUUGGUCCCAUCUCUGACUAAAACCCUUGGUGAAGUCACAUCGUAAAAAUCGUCAGUAGAACUCACGGCUAUGUUUAAUAGUGAAAUUAAGAGCAUUUCCACAUGCACAAUGAGAUGAGAACUUACAGGAUUGGGACUAAACAUCCAUGUGGCCACAAGAAAGCCACUUAUUAGUGAGGCUAAUUGGAAGUGAUGCACCCGUCAUGCAUAGUGCCAACUGUACAACCCUCUGGAGGCAGUGCUAUGAUCUGGGGAUGCUUUAAUUGGUCAGGUCUAGGCUCAGCAAUGUUAUACAGCAAUAAAAUCAAAGUCACCAGACUUCCUGAAUGUACUGAAUGCCCAGGUUAUCCCAUCAAUGGAUUUUUCUUCCCUGAUGGCACGGGCAUAUUCCAGAACAACAAUGCCAAGACUCAUCAGGCUCAAAUUGUGAAAGUGGUUCAGGUAGCAUGAGGAAUAAUUUUCACACAUGAAUUGGUCACCAGAGUCCUGACCCUAACCACAUUUAAGGUCUUUGGGAUGUGCUGGAGAAAACUUUUCAGAGUGGUUCAACUCUACCGUCAUCAAUACAAGAUCUCGGCCCAAAAAUUAAUGCAAACUGGACAGAAAUAAAUGUUGUGAAGUUGCAUAAUGUUGUUGAAACAAUGCCAUGACAAAUGUGCGCUGUAAGUAAAGCUAAAGGGGGUCAAACAAAAUUCAGACAGACAAAUGGCUUUAACGGAAGCAUAUACCAUCAAAAAACAACCUUGAAGCUCAAGGUAGGGCUGUCUUUAAAGAUAAAUCAGUUAUUGUGAAAAUCUUUAUGGGACUUUUACUUCCAGAACCAGACUUUUGCGCUCUAUUCAUUUAAAUCAUAUAUGAUGAUGAAAAGUUGUUUUGGAUUAAACAUGAUUUGGAAUUUGCUCAUGCAGUUUCCAGGAAAUGGCAUAAUUUUACGAUGAAUUACUUCAUUCAUACUUCAACGUUGAAACACUUGAAAUUACUGAAAUUUGGGUGGGCGAAAAUAAUUUCUGCAUAAAGCAAUAGAUAAUAAAGGAGAAUUAUUCAGAUAAAUUUGGUAAGUAUAUGUAGGGUGUCCCACUUUGUACCUGACAAACUGAUCAGCCUUACAGACUCAAAAAGGGUAGGGGUUGAUAUAAGGCCUUUUUAGCCUACUAGUAACAAAACAGGGCACCUUCCACCAAUGGAUAUACAGUAAAUGUGUCAUGGCCAUAACGAAAGAAAAAACUUGACAAGUGGCAUCUCUUUAUGAAGCGUAGAUCUUUAGACACAUGCCUCACUUCAUUGUAGAAAUACAGCAACAUAAUUUGUAUGCCUACUGAACUUGUGCACUGAGUUUAAAUUGACUAGUCAUAGGUAACAGUAGCUACUGUUAGACUGGGAGUAUUCUCCUACAAUAACUUGCAGCAUUGUGCCGAAUUGUGUUGUGUAUAGAGGAGAAAAUGUUGUGAUCAUGUUUAAUUAUUUAAGAUGAAUCUAAUAGUUAUCACCUCAUGGAGGGAAGAGAGACACAUUAUGUUUUGGAGUUAUAAGUUAUACUGGUAUAAAUUGCCUUAAAGUUAAUGUGUAGUACAUGCCUAGCACCUUGUUCUGUGACAGUGGUUGGUACUUCAGUUAAAGUGUAAUUUGGACAUCCACCUGUUAAAUUUCUCUCUGUUUUUAUUAUGGGUUUAAAAGGUGUGUGAGUGGGGUGGGUGGUGGGGGGGUGUUGAGUUACAAUUGCACUUGUUAACUUUUUACUG